GGCUGCUGCGGGGCCCCGGACCCGCGCCGCAGGGACGCGCUGCCGCCGCCGCCGGUCGGCGCCCGGUCCCCGCUUGGUGAUUUCCGCGUCCUGCGCUCCUCUGCCAUCCUCUCCUUAGUUUUUCCUGCGGAGCUGAGGACGGGGAGAAGUCCAGCCGCCAAGCCCAGCCUUCCUCCGGCGUGCAGCCCCGACGGGGCCGCGGCAGGCGCGGCAAGAGCGCCGACGGAGCCAUGAGAGAGUACAAAGUGGUGGUGCUGGGCUCGGGCGGCGUAGGCAAGUCCGCGCUCACCGUGCAGUUCGUGACCGGCUCCUUCAUCGAGAAGUACGACCCCACCAUCGAGGACUUCUACCGCAAAGAGAUUGAGGUGGACUCGUCGCCGUCGGUGCUGGAGAUUCUGGACACGGCGGGCACGGAGCAGUUCGCGUCCAUGCGGGACCUGUACAUCAAGAAUGGCCAGGGCUUCAUCCUCGUCUAUAGCCUUGUUAACCAGCAGAGCUUCCAGGACAUCAAGCCCAUGCGGGACCAGAUCAUCCGCGUGAAGCGGUACGAGCGCGUGCCCAUGAUCCUGGUGGGCAACAAGGUGGACCUGGAGGGCGAGCGCGAGGUUUCGUUCGGCGAGGGCAAGGCCCUGGCCGAGGAGUGGAGCUGCCCCUUCAUGGAGACGUCGGCCAAAAACAAAGCCUCGGUGGACGAGCUGUUCGCCGAGAUCGUGAGGCAGAUGAACUACGCGGCUCAGCCCAACGGCGACGAGGGCUGCUGCUCGGCCUGCGUGAUCCUCUGAGGCGCCCGCGGCUGCCGCGCGCCGGCCGCGCUCUGCGCACAAAAGCCAAACGCACCCGACUCUUCUAAAUGUGAUUUCUCUUCUUGCUUUGAGAUUGGAGACGACUUUGCAUCAGCCGGCGUGUCCCGGGAGCCCGGCUGCCCGCUGUGGCCGCGUCCCCUGCCUCUGCCCCGUGUCCGAGGGGAUGUCCCGUCAUGACCAUCCGAGACCCGGUGGAAAUGUGGCUCUUUGCAGCAUGUACGUUUCUCAUUGAUUUUGGUUGACGCAUAUUUCCCCAUUGAAGCAGCCGUUGCGGCGCAGUAUGGCAGCUUGACACCGGCAAGCGAAAGUUUCAGCCUGGAAAAAAAAUGGGG